UGUCACUGAGGACAGUGCUCAGCUGCACAGACCAAGAUGCUUGGCAGGCUGGGAUCACUGACGUCUGGAACACCUGCAUCUGAAGACCACGUGACGGGGAACAGCCCUGUCUCUGAGGCAUAGGCAGCACCUCCGCCAACCACAGAUGUGCUUCCUGCUCAGGCAAGACCGAGACGGCUGCAGCCCCAGGCACAGGCUAGACAUCUCGUGUGAAGCUGGACAUGACCCUCUUGGUGCCUGAGGCCCGCCCCUGUUACGGUCUCUUGCUAGUCCAGGACCUGCCCCCUCGGGACACCUCAGCCAGGAUGACCAGGGCUCACUGCCGCUCAGCCGUGGGCCCCAGAGUGGGUACCCUGGCGAGUCUGGGCCUCACCCUCUUCCUUUCCCUUACUGCCCACUGUUCCCGUUAUCAGGCCAAGGGCUUCCCCCAGGGAGAGCUGGACAUUGCUGGGGCUGACCAUUGGGCCAGGGUCAAAACCUCCCUCCUGCAAGACUUUUGGUGCCAGCCAGCCAGCCAGCUGCCUCAGGAGCAUCUCUCCGCUCUGAUCAGGUGCCUGGCCACCCAGCGGGUAUCACUCAAAGCCUGGCAGCUCAGCUGUUUGGCCAACCUUGCCACGUGGCGCGGCCUUCAGGGUGACUUCAGGCUCCACCCGCCUGACCUCCUGCUCUUUUACAACCUGAGCCAGGUAAGGGAAGCUGACUGCCGGGCCUUCACCCACCGUGCUGCCCAGGGGAACACAGAGCUGCUGGCCAACCUGCCUGACCAGAGGAUGACCCUGAGACACAUAGCUCUGGCCUGCCUGGGGGCGCCUCACCUGCAGCUCAGUGCCUCAGACCUGGAGCUCCUCGGGGUCCUGGUGUGUGACAUGCAGGCAUCCAGCAUCGUGACCUCAGACCCUCAUGUGCUGCAGAACCUGCUGCGCUGUCCCCGGCUGACUGCUGCCCAGAGUGUUGCCCUCAACAGCCUGCUGGCCAGUGGGAGGACCCAGCUUGGGCCUCCCAGCUCCUGGAACCUGAAGGGGCUACAGGCCCUGGGACCCCUGACCACCUACAUCAGCCCCCAUGUGUGGGCACAGGUACCAGAGGCUGUGGGCCUGGACUUCUUCCACAGAGUGGUGGCUGCCUGCCGGGCAGGACAGCUCAGCCAGCAUGAUGCCAGGCACUUCGUGACCAACUUCCUGGAAUCCAAGGCUAAAUUGGCAUCCUGGAGGCCCAAGCGGGGUGCAGGUUGGCCCUGUACCCAUGGCAACAUCACAGCGGCCACACUCCGUGACAACCUGUUCCUGGUGCACUAUGACUGCGCCCAGCUCCAGUCGUGCCUGGGAGGCCCUGUGCUCAGGGCCAACCUGGACCCCCUGCUGCAGCACCCCCUGCCUGCUGAGUGCCAGCGCGUCAUCAAGGCCAAGCUGGCCCAGGUCUACCCACAGGGCAUCCCUGAGGACCAGCUGCGGCUCAUCACCUCGCUGGUCUACCUCUUCUCACGCACUGAGAUAGGCCAGUGGAACAUCACAUCCAUGGACACGGUUGUGGCCCUACUGGCCUCGGAUGUGGCUCUGGAGAACCAGACAGAGGCAGUCCUGCAGAAGUUCCUGGACCAGAAUGGUACGGUCACCAGUGCCCUUCUGGUGGCCAUCGGGGGCUCCCGCCUCUGCUGGAUGAGCCCCCAGCAGAUCCAGACCAUCCAGCCCUCAGAAUUCCGGCUGGCUGGGGUCCUGGACAUCUCCUCCUGCCCUCAGAGCCAGAAGGACGUGCUCUUUGCCAAGGCUCGCGAGGCCUUCCACAACACCAGGUCCACGGCUGACUACUACCGCUUCAUGCGCCCCUACCUGGGUGGUGCCCCGGURGAGGAGCUGCAGCACCUGGCCCAGGCCAAUGUCUCCAUGGACAUCGACACCUUCACCAACCUCAACCCACGAGUGCUCCAGAGCCUGAGUGUCAGCAACGUGACCACCCUGCUGGGGCAGAAUGUGGGGGACCUGCAGAAGGCCCGCAGCCACCCCACGGUCAGCUCCUGGCUGCGGAGCCUCAGCAGCUUGGCCCGGGAUCAGCUGGGCCUGGACGCUUCCCACCCUGGGCCCAGCCCUUCCUAUGCAGCCAGCAGGCCCCCCAGCAUCACCCACCCCACACUCCACUUGGCCUCCACCUCAGGCCUGCCUGAGAACUACACCUYGGCCCCCAUUGCAGGAAGCCCCCCAGUCCACCUGGGUUUUUUGCCGCUCUCUGUGGCCCUGCCUUCUGGCCUUCUGUGGCUGCUGCUGYGUCGCACAUCUCUGAGCCCAGUGGGGGCUGCUCAUGGAGCACCAGGACCCUGGCCAGUGCAGACAGUGCUGCCCCAGGGUGACCAGACCCACAGGCACCACAUGCAGGAAACAGGGGGCUGCUAGGUGGAGCUGACCACCUGCCCAGGUUGUGGCUCAGACCCUAAGCCCCAGGGGGACAGCUGUGUCCCACCUCUCAGGAGGCCUGCAGGGCUGGCCCCUCAUGCCUUGGCUCCCAGGAGCAGAGACCUGACCAAUUACAAGCCCAGGCGGGAARGAAGAUGAGGCCCAAAUCUCCUGCCUCCUCCAGGACACCUGGGCUGGGCAGGAC